AUCGGUCAAAGAAGUUAGUUGUAUUGGCGUAGUGGCGCGUGUCGUUAAUUUUCAUGUUUUUAUUUUGAUGUAAAAACAAACGCGUUUCGUGUUAAUACAAAAUAACUGUUAAAUUAUAAAAUUACAAGUUGUUUAUUAAAUGCAUAAAACAAAACGAAUUAAAAUUAUUAAUAUAUAAUUUAAAACCCAAAUUAAAAAGCAAAAAAAUAUAUAAAGAAUGUUAAUUGAAUGAAAAAAAAAUAUACCUACAAAAGAAAAAUUCCUACUCAAACAAGUGUUUAUUAGUGUAGUGUUAAUGAAAACAUUUUAUUAUUAAUUAAAUGGAUACUAAAUUACAAUUGGAUUACCUUUACCUCGCAGCCAGUUCAAACAUAUAAAGUUAAACUUUCAAGCUGCAAACAUACAAAAAAAACUUUAACAUUUAUUUUUGGCAAACUUCAGUUGUUUUUUUCAUUGUACAUGUCAAUUACAAAUUUGACAUACAAUAAAUGAUGCGAUCAUUUAAAGAUCACACUAAAUGAUCAAUUAAAAAAAAAAAUAACAGCUAAAGCAAUAUUAAAUGUUUGUUUAAUUUAAAGCAAGCAGUAAAAGUUAAAUGCGAAAAAUAACAAGAAAAGGAACAACAGCGAAAAUAAUAAAAAAAAACUAAAGCACCACUGUGACAUUUUUUUAAUUUCAUUUUUAUAUGAAUGAUAAAAUAAAUGAUUGUGUUUAGUUAGCCUCAAUUAUCUUUAAUUGUUGGCAUAAUUUGUCAACAUCGUGAAAUUAAAUUAAACGAUUUUUCCAGCACAAUUGAGAAAAGAAAUAAAAAUAAACCAAACGAACUAAAAAUACAUGAAUGUGGGUCCAUUUGACUUUUCGCACAAUUACUGGCAAAGUGACUGAUCAGUUAUGAAUGAUAAUUAAAAUAAACAUGCCACUGAAUGUUUUAAAUAUAGAAAACUAAAAAUAAAAAAUAAAGAAAACAAUUUCAAAACUCGUUCAUAAUAAUGAAAAAUUAAAAAAAAAAUUAUAUUAAAUUAAAAAAAUCUUUACUAAAAUUUAAAUAAUUUCUUUAAAUUAAAUAUGGCCACUCUUUACUUUUCUAAAUCUGCCAUAAUCUUGUCAGAUUUCUCUAAAACUAUUUACAAACAUUCAAAAAUGUUGCCUUUUAUUAAACAAAAAUGCAAAAAUAUAUUCAUUGCAACCGGUCGCAGUAAUAGUUUAUGUUUUAAAUUCUUGAUCGUGUUAUUAGUUUCUUCGUCUUGGUUGAAUUUAUCUUCGGGUGCUUCAUUACAUCACAAAGAAAACCGCAGUGCGGGUUUAUUUGCUUUAAAUAAUUUUACGGAUUUAUAUGAUGCAUCAUCGUCGGCUCAAGCUUCAGCUUCGUCUUCUAUAAAAUCCAUGGAUUUAACAAGUGUUGAACUGAAUAGUAUUGAUGUGGGCGAAUUUGAUCCUGCCUCCUCAUCAAGAAAUUUACAAUUGGGUACAAAAGAAAAUACAGGUUGUCCAUCCACCACAAGUUCACAUUGUUUACGUUGCAAUAGCGAAGGUUGCAUAAAAUGUCCCAUGUAUCUGGUCACCGACACCCGUCAGUGCGUGGAACGCUGUCCAGCGGGCUAUAUUGAUCAAUGGUCGGCUCAUACCGAAUUUAUGGGACGUGUUUGUGUUCCCACCGGAUAUUCUGGUGCUUUAAUGGCCGCUUUGGCCGGCAUGUUUGGCGGUUUCCUCGUCUGCCUGUCCAUACUGGCCGUAGCCGUGAUGUUGGUAAAACGUCGCAGACGCCGCAAAACAAUUAAACAAAAACUAAUCAAUGAGCAUACCAUGGAUCGUUCAGAUUUCCUGAGACAGCUAAAUGAUAUGAGACCAAAUGCUGAAUACUUUUUGGCCAUGCUGAAUGAUACACGAAGACAAAUACGUAAAUUGUAUUUGGCUGGUGAUGUGGCCGCGGCCAAUUCCUACCGACCCAUUGUUAGAGAUCUUGCCAGAAUUUUGAUUUUAUUAAAUCGUCCCAUUGAACUUAUACCAGCGGCACCACAUGACUGGAAUCGUCUGUACGCUUGGUCCGAGCAGGUGCUCGAACGUUAUAGGCCUCAGGUAGGCCAACUAAUAGAUUUCUUUCAAAAUUCGAAUGGCAUCGAUGUGGAUGAGUUUGAGGCCACCUCGGUGUAUAGGCAGAAAAUGAAUGGUGGUGGUUUUUAUAAGCAGUCUGCCCUGCAGUCAUCGUCAAAUCUUACCUCUGGUACCGGUACUACCAAAUCGCAGAAAAUGCAUUUAUUUGGUUCUCUCAUCAGUCUGCAUGAAUUCGAAGAACCCCGCCCUUCCGAUCCAUUUGGUAGCAGCUUUAACACACUCAAAAGUGGCAAUCUUAUAUCGGAUCUCAAUGCUAGUUCUCUAUGGUUGGAGGAUGAAUUUUAUAAAUUAGGUUUCCGACCGCAAGAUGAAAUAACGACUGAGUUAUAGAUCAUUAUAUCAAAUCCAGAAAUGUAUAUAUAAAAAUAUGUUGUAUUAAAAUUUAAGUUAUUUUUGUUUUUGUUAAAAUUUAAUAUGUAACUUUAAAACGCAAAGAAAGUAUUAUUGAAAUUGUUGUCGGUCCAAAACUAAACAAAGUGCUCAAAUUUUAUUUAAAUAAAUGUAAAUAUUAAAUUAAAUUUAAAACGAACAAAUCUACAAUAUGUAAAUUUAAAUUAAUUUAGUUAUAAAGCAAUAUUUAUUAAACAAUAAGUGCCUUAUUUUGUCUUCUUAUCGAAUAAAAUUGAAAAUGUUUUAAAUUUAUUUCAUACUCACUCAUUCACUCAUAUUUUAAAAAUCAUUUUAUUCAUGUCUUCCUUAUAAUUUUAU